AUGGCACAAAAUUCAAUAGGCUCGGAUAGUUGGAGCGCCUGUACACAGCGCGUCAUAUCUCCUGCUCUGGAAAGUCUCUGGAAGAAGAUCCUGGGUAAACAGAAGAAGCAUUUGGCACAAAAGAGUGUGCCGGGGGCCGCAGUGGGUUCACGUGACAGCGCCCGCCGUCUUCGCCGUCACACUCAGUCAACUUCCUGGGUUAAGGAGGGGGAAGAUGAGAUCCUGGCCGAUUGUUCGCGCGCGAAGGAACUGCGAGAUGAAAUUCGGCAGUGGAUCGAGCUCUUCAAAGCCAGGUGCAAAAGUCUCGCUCUUGAAGUCUCUGCUGCUUCCUAUGGCAUUUGCCCUGGUGCCAGUGUGGUGCAAGCCCUCCAGACCAAGCCUGACCAUGAACAAGUCGCAGACUUUGUCAAGCAGAUCUUGGGCGCUUCAGCGGGUGAACAAGUGGCACUUUUCGCGAAGCGCCAACUUCUAGGUAAAUGUGCUUCUUGUGAAGCGCCCAUCGAUGUUGAUAUGAUGCGAGUGAAGCGGCCGCAGCCAAUCGGGAUGCAAGAACACUGGCCUCCUGGUGAGAGCAUCGGAGCGAAGGUGGCCAUUCGGCCUCUGAACGUGGGUCCCUUAAGUCCAGGCGGUGGCUCCAUAUCAAGGCUGCCGAAAAUCAAUGAUCUGCGAAAUCGCGAAAAUCCCAAAGCCAAAGGCAUGAAGUCCAGUGCCUCUACGCCGGAGCUCCGUAAAGAGGAGCCAGCUGCGGACAUUGCGUAG